AUGACCGUGCCCCGGCGCUACGAGAUGGCGGCGCUCUGCGCCAUUGGCACGCUCCUCUGCUAUGCCGACCGUACCAACAUUGGCGUCGCGAUUCCCGCGUUCCAGGCCGACCACGGUAUCCAGGGCCAUGUGCUCUCGGCUUUCUUCUAUGGCUACAUCUGCACGCAGUACUUUGGGGCGUGGCUCUCGAGCAAGGUCGGUCCCAAGGCCGUGCUGCUCGGCGGCGUUGCGCUCUGGACAUGCUUUGACGUGCUCACCGUGCCCUGCGCGACAUCGCCAAUCUUGCUAUGGCUUGUCCGCGCCGGCAUGGGCCUCGGCGAAGGCAUUGUCUUUCCGUGCAUGCACAACGUAGCCUCGUCGUGGUUUCCGAUCCCCGAGCGCAGUCGCCUCAACGCGCAGAUUGCCAGCGGCAUGGACCUCGGCACGGUCUUUUCCAUGUUUGUCGCGCCGCUGCUCAUGGCGUCGUGGGGAUACCCGGCGAUCUUCUUCUUCUUUGGCGGCCUGAGCGCGCUCUGGCUCGUCGUCUUUUCUUGGCGCGGCGCCAGCCGACCCGAAGACGAUGCACGCAUCUCGGACGACGAGCGGGAACUCAUUGUGGCAACGCGCAACACGGCGGCGGCCAAGGAGUUUGGCACGCCCCACACGAUGGUCGUCGAGCUGCCGUGGCGCGCGUUCUUCUCGUCCAAAGCUCUGUGGGCCAUUUACGCGAGCCAUUUCGCGUACAACUAUGGCUGGUACGUCUUGCUCGGGUGGAUUCCUCAGUACCUUCGUCUCCAGCUGCACCUCGAGCUCGCCUCGAGCGGCGUCGCCGCUGCGAUCCCGUACCUCGCAGGCUACGCAGGGAUCCUAUAUUGGGGCUGGCUCUCGGACCGGCUCAUUGCGCAUGGCGUGCGACUCGUCACUGUGCGCAAGAUCACGAACGGAUUCGGCCUCCUCGGCUCGGCCGUGUGCCUCUACGUGCUGCGCUUUGCCUCAUCGACGGUCUCGGCCGUCGCCCUCCUCUUGCUCACGCUCUUCUUGUCCCGCGCAGCAGCAUCCGGGUACUGGGUCAACAUGCUGGACGUGGCGCCGCGUCACGCUGGCCACGUCAUGGGCAUCAGCAACACGAUUGCGACACUGCCUGGCAUUUUCGGCAACAUUCUCACGGGCGAAAUCCUUCAGCGCAGCGGCAACUGGGACCUCGUGUUUCUAAUUGCGGCCGCCGUCUUGACGAUCGGCGGCAUCAUCUUUCACUGCUGGGCCGGCGACCAUGAUGUCUUUGCCAUGGACGACGACGUCAGCGACGAGGCAGCUGUGCCUGUCAACGUGCACACUACGUUGCUGCCCGAAAAAGCAUACUACUAGUGACCCGCUACCGCCUAGACACGUAAUGAGAUUCUCGCUCCUCGA